AUGCUGAGCAUUUUCUUUGUUUUUAUCGCCUCUGCGGCAGUCAUAGCUAAAGAAGAAGAUUUUCAAAAGGUGAAAAAUGAUAAAAUACUGGAACUUUCUGAUUCAGACGAGCUUAAAGCUUUGCGAUUACGAUAUCAAGAGGAUAGUAUUAAAUUCAAAACAUAUAUGACUACUAGAACUCCAUUUUCUGCAGAGAGCACAUAUGAAGACGAUGAGUUCAAAAUAGACGGACAUGAACUUGUAACUAUGGAAGAUGAAGAUAUGACAUGUACAAGCGAUAAAACUAUUUUGGAAAAAUUGCUCAGCAAUUAUAAAUCUUUCAAAACGCCUUCAGAGACUGGUGUUGUCGUAUGGAUUGAGGUGUGGGUACAAGAGGUGAAUGCUGUCAAUGAGAUUACAAGUGACUUCGAUAUGGAUAUCUAUGUAACAGAAUUGUGGAUGGAUCAAGCUUUACGAUAUGAUCACUUGAAUCCUUGCAAAUACAACUUAUCACUUAAUUCUGAGAUAUUGGACCAAAUAUGGAAACCAAACACUGUAUUUAUUAAUAGCAAAUCUGCAAAUAUUCAUAAAUCUCCUUUCAAAAACGUGUUUCUCAUGAUAUAUCCAAAUGGUACUGUUUGGGUGAAUUAUCGAGUUCAAGUCAAAGGACCGUGCUCAAUGGAUUUUAGUGCUUUCCCGAUGGAUGUUCAAACAUGCCAACUCACUUUAGAAUCCUUCAGUUACAAUAAUCAGGAAGUUGAUAUGCAAUGGGUCAAUUGGACGGAUGGUUUAACGUUACUCAAGAAGGAGAUUGUUCUUCCUGAUUUUGUUUUGACUAAUUAUACAACAUCCAUCAAACAAGAAAUUUAUCCUGCUGGUGUAUGGAAUGAACUUACAAUGUCUUUCGUGUUUUCUCGGAGGUAUGGCUGGUACAUAUUCCAAGCCUACAUCCCCACAUAUCUAACCAUUUUCAUAAGCUGGAUCAGUUUCUGUCUCGGUCCGAAGAUGAUUCCUGCACGAACAAUGCUUGGAGUCAACUCUCUACUUGCUUUAACCUUCCAGUUCGGAAAUAUAAUGAGAAACUUACCUCGCGUCAGCUACGUCAAAGCUUUAGAUGUUUGGAUGCUUGUUUGUUUAACGUUCGUUUUCUGCUCCUUACUGGAAUUGGCCAUAAUUGGUUCGAUGGGUGCAAACUCUGAGCAAAAAACACCCAACUCCGGAAAUGGCACAUCAAAUGCCACAACGAAUGGAAGUGCUAAUCGAUCUAUGUCUCCGAAUUCAUGUCCGAAUUCCCCGAGAAUAUGUCUCAAUCAUAUUCCAUCUGAUAGCCCGCACGGUUUUCGCAGUUAUGGAACGUCAGAUUGUGAUCCGCGAACUCGAAAGAAAAUUUUACUAACAACUACCGGUCAACUGACACGAAGCUCCAUCACCGAACAAGCCAGAAUACAAGAGAAAAUGUUUUUGCUGGAGGGCAAUAGUGAAGAAACAUCGUUCACUAAAAUGCCGACAACAUACAAUGUUCCUUCGAAACUACGAAGACAGUGGACUGUUGACAAGAUAGAUCGAUAUAGCAUGGUUCUGUUUCCCGGACUUUUCACAGUUUUCAAUAUUGUAUACUGGGGCCAUUAUCUUUCCCGAAAUCCGGAAUAA